AUGUAUCAAAUCCCUCCAACUUCCGAAGGUUCAUCAAUUCCAAGUGUAGCUGAAUUGAUCGCCAAAUCUAACUUGAUAGGUGCCAAAAAUUUUAAUUCCAUCGGGUCACAUCGGUCGCUUGUUCCGCGAGCUGGUGACUAUGUCGGGAAGCUUCGCGGACCCUCACGCCUUUCGGCUGUCUUUGAUUCUCGGCCACCGUUUUUCUUAGUGACUGCAAUCUCGCAGCUCCUCACUUGGUCCCUCACAUUCAUUGCCCAAUGCCUGGCCGAAUCUCGUUAUCAUUCAUCUCGUGGCUCAGACGGUGUUAAGCCAACAGGUACGCCGAUUGGGAUUGGCUGGUUUGGAGUAUUUUACCAGCUCUUUAUUGUUUAUCGAGUCCUCAGCAGCGUGGGUUGUGAGUCAGAGUACCAAGAUCGUGGGCAGCUCGCAACAUUGGUGGCUCUUAAUGUCGUUAUAGGAGUUCUAUGCAGCAAUUCGGCUAUUCACGACCAUCAUGACAUUGCAUUAAAUUUAUAUGGGUAUGGAUGGAUGAUAUUGUCCAGCCUCAACCUGGCAUGGCUACUUUAUUUCACAUCACCAGAUCAAUCACGGCUUUUGAAGUUGCUGAAUCCAAGCUCCCAGCGAAAACAACUCAUCCGUUCCAGCAUCAAUCUCCGUCGCUCUGCUUCAUACUCCAGUCCCAAUCUACCAAACAUUGCAUCUGAGUCUGCGGGACAUUAUGCUGGAUCUCAUUUGAUUACAUUGGGGCCGAAUCAAGGAGCGGAGUCGGGUGCCAAUUUACACAAUGAAAAGCUUGCGAACGACGUGACUUCUGCCCUGUUAUCCUCGAAUCAACCAUACCUACCAGAGGGCUACGGCGAUCAUGACCCUGAUAGAAUGUUACCAAACCAGCAGCAUGGAAACCCCACGACCAGCAAUGUUAAUCCAUCGUCUCAAAUGCAGCACAUCUCGCAGUACAACCAACCAAGCGUGCAAUUUCAGGAUCUAAAUUCCUAUACACGGCCUCAUGAACAGAUCAAUAACCAGUCAGCCCAACACCAACAGUCCAACUUCCAUUCAACGCGUGUGGAACCGUCAUCAAAUAUCCACCAAACCAACAUUCAACAAUACCCAGAGGCUUCCGAGUCUCGGGACCCAGGGUCAUUUCUUCCAGCUUUGACGGACUUCUCAACCAUCCCACUCAUUGAUAGAACACUUUUGAGUCAGGCUUAUCGACAAGAGGAACUCAGAAGUGUGACAAAUACCGAGAGCAUGACUCCAUCAUCGCCUGUCUCGUCCAAGCCAGUCGAGUUGAUUAAGAAGGCCAAAGCGUUGUAUACAUAUAAAGCUUCACCCACCGAUCCCAAUGAGAUCGGCUUUGAAAAAGGUGAAAUAUUGGAGAUCUUGAAUCACAGUGGUAAAUGGUGGCAAGCAAGACGGACGACAGGCGAAUCUGGAAUUGUGCCUUCCAAUUACUUCCAGAUGCUACCUAAUUCAUAA